AUGGGGAAAGGCGGAUCUCUGAGCGACUCCGUCCUCAAAAAAAUCCUCCUCUCCUACACCUACGUCGCAAUCUGGAUCUUCCUAUCCUUCACCGUCAUCGUCUACAACAAGUACAUCCUCGACAAGAAGAUGUACAAUUGGCCCUACCCGAUCUCGCUAACCAUGAUCCACAUGUCCUUCUGCGCCUCCCUCGCCUUCGUCCUCAUCAAGGUCUUCAAGGUCGUCGAGCCGGUGUCAAUGUCGCGGGAGAUGUACCUCUCCUCCGUCGUCCCAAUCGGGGCGCUCUACUCGCUCUCCCUCUGGCUGUCCAAUUCCGCCUACAUCUACCUCUCCGUCUCCUUCAUCCAGAUGCUGAAAGCCCUGAUGCCCGUCGCCGUCUACUCCAUCGGCGUCGCGCUCAAGCGGGAGAGCUUCAAGACCGACACCAUGGCCAACAUGCUCUCGAUCUCCGUCGGCGUCGCGAUUGCCGCGUACGGCGAGGCGAGGUUCGACGUCUGGGGGGUGAUGCUGCAGCUGGGCGCGGUCGCGUUCGAGGCCACACGAUUGGUAUUGAUUCAGAUCUUGUUGACUUCUAAAGGGAUUACCCUGAAUCCGAUUACUUCUUUGUACUAUGUUGCCCCUUGCUGCCUGGUUUUCCUGUUUAUCCCUUGGAUCUUCGUCGAGUACCCUGUGCUCAGGGAGACGUCGAGUUUCCAUUUCGAUUUCGUGGUGUUUGGGACGAAUUCGUUCUGUGCUUUUGCCCUGAAUCUCGCCGUGUUCCUGCUCGUGGGCAAGACGUCGGCGUUGACCAUGAAUGUGGCCGGGGUUGUCAAGGAUUGGCUGUUGAUUGCCUUCUCCUGGUCGGUGAUCAAGGAUACCGUGACCCCGAUCAAUUUGGUUGGCUACGGGCUUGCAUUUUUGGGGGUUGCGUAUUACAACCAUGCCAAAUUGCAGGCGUUGAAGGCUAAGGAGGCGCAGAAGAAGACCCAGCUGCCAGAUGAUGAAGAGCAAGGAAGGUUGUUGGAAGAGAGGGAGGGUGAAGGCAAUGGCAAGAGAAGUGAAUCGCAGAACUAA